ACAAGAGAAUUAGACAAUCCAUCGCAGUGCCGACGUACGUGAUGCAAACCAGAUGUGUAUCCGUCACAGCAGCGGCGCUGGUGCUGCUGAUCUCGGCGAAGGCGGUCGCCGCAGGGGAUCCCCCGGCGGUGAUAGGGCUGCCGGGCUGCCCCACCAGCUGUGGCAAUGUCAGUGUGCCGUACCCUUUCGGCAUGGGGCCGAGCAGGUGCUACAGGCCAGGGUUCAAGCUCACCUGCGCCAACAACGGAAGCAAGCCCCCGCGGCUCCUCCUCGGCGACGGCAGCACUGGCAAGUUCCAGGUCCUCCGCAUCUCUCUGAAGAACAGCACCAUGCGCGUCGUCAGCCGUGGACUGCAUGCCAUCAACAUGAGUGGUGGCUCCGGGCGGUGGAGCUGGGACCUCGGUGACAACGUCGGUGGCGGGGUGAUGUACUUCCUGCAUCCAGGGUUCAACGAGUUCAUACUUAUGGGCUGCAACGUGCAGGCAACAUUGCAGCGAAACGGGAGCCUCGUCAGCGGCUGCGCCGCUAUCUGCCCCCCGGUCGCUGGUGGUUGGUUUGCUGCGUAUGUUGCGGCGCAAGGCCCCAACUCCAGUACCUGUUCCAACAUCGGUUGCUGCCAGUCGUCCAUCAUCAGCAACAGAAUGUCCUACAGCGUGUCCUACGGCGGGUACCUCAAUCCGCUCAAUGACACGCAGCACUACAAGCAUGUGAAGAACGUACUGCUCAUCACCGAGGUGGGUUGGUUAGAGCGCAACCUGGGAGUGGUUCUCAACUUUACGUACAGUAACAAUGGUCGGUCGCGGCGGAAGGCUGCUCAGAUCAGAGUCCCUGUGGUUCUCCAGUGGGCCGUGGCGCACGACCUUGCGGUGUAUAAUUCUUCAGGAACAUGCCCCGACGACACAGCGCCGAGCAUAUGCAAGAGCAAAAACAGCAAAUGCCGGGAUGCCGCAUACUGUGAAGACAGGGGAGCCUAUUCUUGCCUGUGCAAGAAUGGCUACGAGGGCAACCCUUACCUCACCGGCGGAUGCCAAGAUAUCAACUAUAGUCAUUCUGUUGGCUGCCCAGCAGGAACACAUGGCAACUAUAGUCUACCUGGUGGCUGCGUCGAGCCUGCAGGCAAAACCAAAGGGAACUUGGGUUUAAUCAUUGGUCUCUCGGUUGCUAGUGGACCAUGCAUUCUACUAUUGGUUCUUGGUGCAAUCCUAAUAACCCGUGCUCUUAAGCAACGCAAGGCGCAUGCGUUGAGAUGGAAGUUCUUCUGUCAAAACCGUGGGCAACUGUUGAAGCAGUUGGUAUCUCACAAGGUGGAUAUUGCAGAGAGGAUGAUCAUUUCUUUAGAAGAGCUAGAGAAGGCUACCAACAAUUUUGAUCAAACUCGCAGGCUCGGUGGCGGAGGGCAUGGCACAGUCUACAAAGGGAUCCUGUCGGACCUUCAUGUUGUGGCCAUUAAGAAAUCCAAUAUUGUUGUCAAGAGAGAAAUCGAUGAGUUCAUAAAUGAGGUUGCCAUACUCUCACAGAUCAACCACAGAAAUAUUGUGAAGCUCCGUGGUUGUUGCCUCGAGACAGAAGUCCCUCUAUUGUCUUAUGAGUUCAUUUCCAAUGGAACACUCAGUGAUCAUCUUCACACGGAAGAACUAGAAUCGCUGCCUUGGAAAGAUAGGUUAAGGAUCAGAAGUGAAAUAAGCAAAGCUCUCGCUUACCUUCACUCUGCUGUUUCAGUCCCUAUAAUACACCGAGAUAUCAAGCCUUCUAACAUACUUCUUGAUGAUGCCUUGACGGCAAAAGUGUCAGACUUUGGAGCUUCAAGAUACAUUCAAGUGGAUCAAACAGGAACAACAACUGCGGUGCAAGGAACUAUAGGGUACUUAGACCCUACGUAUUAUUAUAAUGGACAUCUCACAGAAAGUAGUGAUUUUUAUAGCUUUGGAGUCCUUCUUGUUGAAUUGCUUAUUAGGAGGAAGCCUUCUUUGUAUAGAUCCACCGAUGGCGACGGACUUGUCAAGCAAUUUGUCGCACUGCUUGCACAAGGCAAUCUGCCUGAAAUACUAGAUCCGCAAGUUGUAGAGGAGGGUGGUAGCGAAGUGAAAGAAGUCGCUACACUAGCUAUGUCGUGCGUGAAACUAAGAGCAGAGGACCGACCAACCAUGAGGCAAGUGGAGAUGGUGCUCGAAGCUCUCCAAACACCCAAGGAGCGUGUCUGGGCUCAUUUGACAGAAGAAACAGGCUUGAAGGAAUUUGCAACAACCGGAUAUCCAUCAACAAGCCAACAAGCAAACAAAAAUGAAGCAACGAGGUGUUAUAGCCAAGAAGAAGAGUUCCUGUUAUCCGCGACAUUCCCUCGUUAGUUUUGAUUUCUUGUAAGUGACUUUUUAGCGACGGU